AACCGUAUCUUUGACCCUUGACCCGGAAGAGGCUUUGUUGCGAUCAAACGAGCGGCUGGUUUUUCAUUCAGUAAGUCAGAAACGUUGUGGAUCAUAAUUGAAAACGAAAACAUUAAUCAAGGAGGAAUUGGAUAACGCGAAAAUAUGUUCUAUCAUAUUUCCUUGGAACAUGAAAUCUUACUGCAUCCGAGGUAUUUUGGUCCUAACCUCCUCAACACCGUGAAGCAGAAGCUUUUCACAGAAGUGGAGGGUACCUGCACUGGCAAGUAUGGCUUUGUCAUUGCAGUUACCACCAUUGACAACAUUGGGGCAGGUGUAAUCCAGCCAGGCAGAGGUUUUGUCCUCUAUCCUGUCAAGUACAAGGCCAUUGUGUUCCGUCCCUUUAAAGGAGAGGUAGUGGAUGCUGUGGUCACUCAGGUUAACAAAGUUGGAUUGUUCACAGAAAUUGGUCCCAUGUCUUGCUUCAUCUCUCGCCAUUCCAUCCCCUCAGAAAUGGAAUUUGACCCGAAUUCCAAUCCACCUUGUUAUAAGACAGUUGAUGAGGACAUUGUAAUCCAGCAAGAUGAUGAGAUUCGACUGAAGAUCGUGGGAACAAGAGUGGACAAGAAUGACAUUUUCGCCAUUGGAUCUCUUAUGGAUGAUUAUUUGGGUCUUGUGAGCUGAUUUGCUUCAGAAGAGCACAUUGUGGAUUAUUUCAUGUAGUAGCAUAGCUAUGGGUUGGUUAAAAUUAAUAUUUUUCUACUCUUGUAUGGUAUUGGAGCAGAUGCUCCAUAACCGAUUAAUUUUAUUGUUAUGUUCAGGCUGAGUUUUUUUUUGGAAACUGGUGUAAGAGUCAAAACAAAUGUAGGACAUGCUUGCUAAUUGAGAGGUAAUUUGGUUUCUUUGUAAUUCACUGUUACGUAUUACCUUUUUGUAUGUGAAUAGUAAUAAAUCGUUUUAUCUGUUUUUA